AUGUUCCGCAGACGCCAACCACCCCCCUCAACAAUAAACCCCAUCCCCCCCUCCUCCCUCCCCUCCCGUUCCCCUUCUCCCUCCCUCCCCUUCCUCACCCCCCCAAUCCCGCUCCCCCUCCCCCCUCCCAAACCCCCAAACUACCAAUCCAAACCCUCCCCCUCCCCUCCCCGCCGGCAUCCCCUCCACCCUCCCCCCAUCUCCCCCCCUCACAUCCCCAAAACCCGUCAACGCCCCGGGACAGCCGGAACCUCCGGCACUGAGGCCGCCCUAGCCCUCCAAACCCGCCAGAUCUCCGCCCAACUCAAACAAGCCUCCCGCACCGAAAAAGCCUACCGCACCCGCAAACGAGCAGCCGCCGCCCGCGCCAACUACGCCGAGUCAAAAGACCAUCUCAGACAAGCCUGGCUUCAUUUCGCUCUUGGGAUCCGACUCAUGUUAGGUGUUGUAAAGUCAUCCGCCUACGUGGCCAAAGAAAAGAAAUACAAGUGGCAGGCUGGCAGAGAGGAGAAAAAAGCUGCAAAGGAGCAAGAAAAACAGAGGAAGCUGGAGGAGAGAACAGAAAAAGAGGGGAGGGUAGAAAGGAGUCCAGUCGACAGCGACCGCUUGGAAAGGGCGCGCACAGCAGAGGGUGGCGACCAGGGAUACAGGCAAGAGGAAGACGUCAUCAGUGACAACGAGGUCGAGAUUGGUGACGGGGAAAAGCAGACAGAGGUGAUGGUGGAAAAGGAGCUCCCUACGCCAAAGGAGGAGGACACGAUUGAUGAGAGGGUUCAGACGAAGCGGUGGAAGGGGAAGGGACGGGCAAAGGGGAAGGGGAGGCAGUAA